AUGAGAAUUAAUAUAUUAAACAGAGAAUUAUUUUAUACUUCUAUAAUUAACUUUAAAAAUGGAAUUAGAAACUUUUCCUUAUUUCAAAAUAAACUUCUAAAUCUAAAAACAAAUGAUAUAAUUUAUAGAAAUAAUAUUGAUAUAGUAUCUAAAAAAGAUUUUUUUUUUUAUACUAUUUUAAAUGUUGAUAGAUAUAAAUAUUUUUUGCCAUAUGAUAGUAAAAUAACAGAGAAAAAUAAAGAAUAUUUAAAAGCAACAUUAGAAAUUGAAAAUAUUUUAUUUAAAGAAAAAUAUGCUUCUUUAAUUCAUUUUAAAUACCCAUCAACCAUUACGGUUUCCAGUGAAGAUACUAAAGUUUUUCACCAUUUAAUAACAGAAUGGAUAAUAAAUGAAAAAAAAAAUUGUAUAAACAUUGAUUUCUAUAUAAAUUUUAGAUUGAAAAACAGAAUAUAUCAAAAUUUUAUGAACUUGUAUAUAAAAGAGCUUGGAAAAAAAAUAUUGUAUUCUUUUAUCAAAGAAUCUAAAGAAAAUGGUUUAAAAAAUAUAGAUGUUUUAAAAUUUACAAAAUAA